AUGGUGGGCGGCCAUGGGCGUGAGUGGGCCGCGUGCGUUGCUCCUACGACAGCACACUCCGAUUCCUGCACAGCCGCGACCGGUGUUACUGACCCUGCUAUCACGCCCGUCGUCCACGUCACGGCCGGAGAAGACCUCCCGCGGGCCGUGUCCACCCGCGCCUGCCCCGCCCGUGACCUGUGCCUCAGCCUCACCCAGGAGAAGUUCCGGCAGCGGCGCCGCGCGCAUGAGCCCACGCUCUGCAUACAGGUUAACGACGGAAUUUUAGUAGCCCGGGACAACGUGCAACUUUCGACAUGGCUGCCACUGCUGCCCCUGGCCACCGACGUGCAUGCUGAGGCGGCCACUCUGUCCUUCGUGCACUCGGGACAGGGCGAGGCCGCGACGCUGAGGGCGACGCUGACGAGGGCCGUGAAGGUCGGGGAGACACCGCCGCUCUGGUUCUCUUCAGAAGUUGCGGCUCAGCUGGGCCUUCCCUUCCUAAAUUUUUCUCACAUCAAAGAAGGGCGCUAUGUGUGCCCCGAGUGCCAGAGGCAGUUCAGCGCGCCCAAUCCCCUGAAGCUUCACCUGGCGGCGAACUGCGACUCCCUCGACCCUCGCCUCCUGUGGGAUCGCCUCCUGAGCUCCCCGCCGCGACCCGCGCCCGCGCCAUGGUUCACGCCGCUCUUGUCUUCGCCGCCCCUCGCCAUGUCCGCCCUGACCUCGCGUGUGCACCACGCUGCUGUCAGCGCCAAGGCGCCUGCCCGACCCUCCUCCCCCGGGGCUUCCGCAAGACCGGGGUCCCCAGGAGGCCUCAAACCGGUAUCCCCCGACUCCACCAGCUGCCAUGUGGGAUCCCCCCGGUCGGCCUCGCCCCCGCGCUCACCCCCGUCUGCACCUCUCCUCCAGGAACCGCGUUCUGCUUUCAGGAGAGUCAGCUUCCCUGUCAACCGGCACGACGCUCAGCCACCCAGAUUUAGUGCUCUCUGUCGGCCACCCACCCUGCUGCCGGCGGGCCCGUCCCGGUGCUCGGCGCGGACCCCCGCCGCGGGCGCGCUUGCUCUGGCUCCCCGCUCCUCUGCCGUCACCCCUGACCUGCUGCUCCAUCCCCGCCUCCUUAUGACGCCCAUGAUUCCCGCCCGCAGUGAGGGCGCUUCCACGACACAGCCCAUGAUGCCCACAAUGCCGCUUGCGGGCUCUACUCGACCGCUGCUGAGUGCAGCGCCUCCAGGCAGUGCGGUGGACCCAUGCGCCGAAAUGGAGACUCUCGUGUCGAACUUGGGCCGCAGCCGCCGUGGACAUUUGUGUUUGUACUGCGGGAAAGUGUACUCCCGCAAGUACGGCCUCAAAAUCCACAUCCGCACCCACACAGGCUACAAGCCACUCAAGUGCAAGGUCUGCCUGCGGCCUUUCGGAGACCCAAGCAACCUGAAUAAGCACGUGCGGCUGCACGCAGAGGGAGAGACGCCCUACCGCUGCGACCACUGCGGUAAGGUGCUGGUCCGCCGCAGGGACCUGGACCGCCAUAUCCGCUCCCGGCAUCCCGAGGUCCCUUCGCCGCCCACGCACGCCCUCACGGACACCGAGGACGAGGACACGGACGACGGCGACGUCCCGGAGGACAAGGGCACCGCUGUCGAGGAGGAGUCCCACGUGGUGGCGCUCACGCAAGAGGAAGCCAACGCUGACACCAGAUAGCGAGCCUCAAAGCGCCAAAAACAAGGACAGUCGUAG